AUGACGACCAGCGAGCUAUGGCGCCACCCCAGCCCACGGGAUACGCCCAUGCACCAUUUCCUCGAGGCUGUCAAUGCCAAGCACGGCCUGGGUCUCACCGACUAUGACGGCCUGUAUCGCUGGUCGGUCGAGAACGUCGCCACUUUCUGGGAGGACGUGUGGCACUUUGUCGGCGUGGCGGCGUCCAAAACGUAUGACCGCAUCCUGCCCACCACGGCCAUGUUUCCGCGCCCAGACUUCUUCUCUGGCGCGCGCCUGAACUUUGCCGAAAACCUGCUGUUCCCGGCUGGCGUAGAGGUCGACUCGACGGCGCCGGCACUGAUCACCGUCACCGAGGCCUGGGACAGCAGCGAUGGUGGCAGCAGCACGGCCACCGCGCCCAUGGUGACGACGUCGUGGGCCCAGCUGCGCGAUGCCGUCCGGCUGUGUGCCUCCGGGCUGCGUAGUCUGGCCAUUGACCUGCAGCCGGGCGACGUUGUGGCCGGCUUCGUGGGCAACCAUGCCGAGGCGAUCGUGGCCAUGCUGGCUGCGGCAUCGAUCGGCGCCGUGUGGACGUCCAUGAGUCCGGACAAUGGUGUCAGUGCCGUGCUCGACCGGCUGCUGCGCGUGAAGCCCAAGGUGCUCUUCGCUGACAGCGCUACCAUCUACAACGGCAAGGUCUGGCCGAGCAUGGACAAGACCCGGCAGAUUGCCGAGGCGCUCAGUGGCAGCCUCAAGGCCGUCGUCAUCAUCUCGGCACAUGACCCGGCUGCAAGGGAGAACGGCGUCGACCUCGAUGCCCUCAAGCCCAAGACUGCCUUAGUGGAGCAUUAUGCCGCAUUUUUGUCCAGCGCGCCUGAUGCGCCUCUGAAAUUCGAACAGCUUCCGCCCUCGCAUCCACUCUACAUCCUCUACUCCAGUGGAACGACCGGCCUGCCGAAGGCGAUCGUGCACACUUCACUGGGCACGCUCAUCCAACACAAGAAGGAACACGUUUUACACUGCUCCCUCGGCCCAGCGUCGCGCAUGCUCUAUUACACAACCACGUCGUGGAUGAUGUGGCACUGGAGCGUGUCCAGCCUGGCCGUCGGCACGUCUUUGGUGCUAUACACAGGCUCUCCCUUCAAGCCUCAAGGUCCCCUCUCCCUUCCCCGGCUGCUGGCAAAGCUCCGCGUAACACACUAUGGCACUUCGGCAGCCUACCUCACUGCGCUCGAGUCCAGCCACGUGCGGAUUCCGUCAGACAUCGACCUGUCUGCUCUCGAGGCCAUCUACUCGACCGCGUCUCCGCUCCCACCCUCAACGUUUGCCUAUGUGUACGCCACAUUCCCCAAGCGGGUCCACCUUGCAUCCAUCACCGGAGGCACUGAUAUCAUCUCGCUGUUUGGUGCUCCAUGUCCGCUGCUGCCUGUAGUCGCAGGUGCCGUGCAGUGCGCCGGGCUGGGCAUGGCGAUUGCCGUGGCCGACUCGGCAUCGCCAUCCGACCACCCGCAGCUUGUGGCCGCUGGUGAGGAGGGCGACCUCGUGUGCACCGAGCCGUUUCCUUGCCAGCCGCUGACAUUUUACGAUGGCGACGCCAAGUACCGUGCGGCCUAUUUCGAGCGGUUCGAGGGCUGGUGGCACCAUGGCGACUUCGUCCGGCUGCAGGGCCAGUCGCUGGUGAUGCUGGGCCGGUCUGACGGUGUGCUGAAGCCGUCUGGGGUGCGGUUUGGUAGCGCCGAGAUCUACAACAUUCUGACUCGAUUCUUUGCGGCCGAAGUGGAGGACGCCUUGUGUGUGGGUCGGCGUCGCCCCCAGGACACUGACGAGACUGUGUGCCUAUUUGUGGUUAUGGCGCCCGGCGCAGCGGCUUUUGACGACACCGUGCGUAGCCGGAUCAAGUCUGUUAUUCGGAGAGAACUCAGUUCACGCCAUGUGCCCGGCAUUGUUGAAGAAUGUGGAGGCGGCAUCCCAAAGACGACCAACGGGAAGAAGAUCGAAGUCGCGGUCAAGCAGAUUCUCUCCGGCAUGGCUGUCAAGACAAACGCCAGCGUGGCGAACCCCGAGUCGCUCGAUUGGUUCCGUUCAUGGGCCAAGGCGCACAGCUAG